AUGGACGACACGUUCGACCUCCUGGCAGACCUUGAGGCGCUGGAUGACCUCGCCCCACCAGCGGCUGCUGCUGCUGCGGCGGCUGUUGCUGGUGAGGUAGGCGGCGGCGGCGGUGGCGAUGUGCAGGAGAUGGUGGUGGAGGACAAGGAUGACGGCAGCGGGCGGUACAGCUCAACUGUCGCCGGAUCGGGGCUGAGUCAGCCGCCACCGGGACCGUCUUCUCUGCUGGCAGCGGUGCGGGCGACGGUCAUGGAGGUGGUCAAAGGCGGCGAGGAGAUGCGGCCGGGGCGCGGACCGGGAUUGGAUGGCUUUCUGGCAAAGAGCUAUGGCUUUCUCUCAGAGGCAUCGGCAAGGAUCGCGGCGCUGGCAGGGUAUCUGAGGCGGGGCUUUGGGAAGCGUUUCCCGGAGAUGGACGCUCUGGUCGCCGACGAUCUGGCAUAUGUCCGAUGCGCGGCGGCGCUGGUGGCGCGGGAUGAGGGGCGAGUGGUGGCGCUGGUCGAGACCAAAGACAUUGCUAAUCCCGAGCAGCUCUCGCCGGAGGAGGCGAUGCGGGCGCGGCUGCGCGAGGUCCUCCCGCCGUCAGUGGCCAUGGUAGUGGCGGUCUCGCUGGCGACGAGCUCGGGAUCACAGCUGGCUGCGAGCGAGGCUGCGCACGUUUGCGCUGCGGCGAGCGACGUUGAGGCGCUGGUUGCAGACACGUCCAGAGUAGAGGGCUACAUCGCGGAGCUGAUGGACGCGUUUGCGCCGAACUUGGCGGCGCUGGUCAGCUCGCACAUUGCGGCGCGACUGCUGGCACUCGCGGGCGGCCUCCCGCAGCUGGCCAACAUCACGGCAGACUGCAUCCAAGUUCUGGGCAAAGACGUUUCCAAGGCAGUGCAGGGGCUCGCGCGAACUGCGGCGCUCCACGAGGGCGUCAUCUUUGAGGCACCGGUGGUGCAGUCGGCGCCCGACGCGCACCGGACCAAGGUUGGGCGGGCGGCGGCAGCCAAAGCGGCUCUCGCAGCACGGACAGAUGCAUCAGGCGGAUAUCCCGAUGGGUCGUACGGUAAGCAGCUGCUGGGCAAGGUUGAGGCCAAGCUCGCCAAGCUGUUGGAGCCCAAAAAGGCACGGCUUGUCAAGGCGCUGCCGAUUCCGGGCAAGAAGAAAGGCUCUCGGCGUGGCGGACGGCGGGCGCGCAAGGCCAAGGCCCGCUGGGGCGAGUCGGAGCUGGCCAAGGCGACGUCGCGUGUCAAGUUUGGUGCCGACGAGGACGACGGCUCACUCGCCGCCGCCGCGCUGCGCAACACGCUUGCCAAAGCCGCCGCGUCGGCACCAAAGCAGCCCAAGUUUUCCAAGGCGAUGCGCAAGCGGCUCGCGGCCGACGCGCGACACGGCGAGUCGCCGGUCUCGCGCUCAGGGAGCCGCUGA